UCCCGGCGGAGCGAGCGAGGGCGGCCGCAGCUCUCCGGCCCCUCCGCCCGCGGAGCCAGCGCCGCGCCUCGGGGCAGGGGCAGCGCCCCCGGCCCGCCAUGGAGAGCGGGAUGCCGCUGUCGGGCGGGCAGCGAGCGCUGAUCCGGGAGAGCUGGCGGCGGCUGAGCGGCAGCCCCGAGCAGCACGGCCUCGUCCUCUUCAGCAGGCUGUUUGACUUGGAUCCUGACCUGCUGCCCCUUUUCCAGUACAACUGCAAGCAGUUUGCCAGCCCUCAGGAAUGCCUCUCUGCCCCUGAGUUCCUGGAUCACAUCAGGAAGGUGAUGCUGGUGAUUGAUUCUGCUGUGAGCCACCUGGAGAACUUGUCCUGCCUGGAAGAGUAUCUCUGCAACCUUGGCAAGAAGCACCAGGCAGUUGGUGUGAAGGUUGAGUCUUUCUCGACUGUCGGCGAGUCCUUGCUGUACAUGCUGGAGAAAUGCCUUGGUGCUGCCUUCAGCCCAGAGGUGCAGGAAGCUUGGAGCAAACUCUACAGUGCUGUGGUGAAAGCCAUGCAACGUGGCUGGGAGAGCCUCCCAGAAGGGGACUAGGUCCUGCCAGCCAUCCCUGUCCCUGACCAUGCAGCGGUCCUGAGCACGGGGAGUCUCACACCACACUCGCUGCCUCUCCCACCUCUGUCUUGCUGUGUGCCCCAGCCCAUGGCUGCCUCUGCCACUCACACUGCUGCAGGGCUCUCACCUGGUUCCAUCCUGCUUCAACACGAGCGUGUGUCUGCCUUUGCUCAGGGCCGGCAGGGCAUGUCCCUGCAGAAAGCCUGGCAGUGCCGCAGCACAGGUAUGCCACCCUGCCCCAAGUUCCUUCAGGAAUGCCAACACCCAGGUACCUACUCUGGGUUUUAGCUUGCUCAUCUUCCCUCCUCUUGCUACCACAGGUAGGUGACAGCUGGCACAGGCCUCUUGGGCUUAUUUGCCCAAAAUCCUAUUUGCUGUGCUUUAUCUGCCAGGUCUGACAUGCUCAGUCCUUCUGUGCUGCUGUACCUGGUUCAGCUGUGGCAGUGACAGAUUUGGCUCCAUCCAGGUCAAAAGGCAGCAAGACAGCAAGGCUGGUCACACCGUGUGGCUGUCCUCAAACCUUGCAGAGAGUUUUCCCCCCUCCCUUCAUCAAUAUAUCCCUACCAGAUGGUUGAUCCUGGUGCUUUUUUCUUCCUUGCCUCUGACCUGGAUGGGAUCCCUGGCUUUUCCCUGUGUCAGGUUGGCCACAACCCAGUAGGUUUCCUAGGAAUGCUUCAGGCAAUGGUGUCACAUUAAUCCCAAGGUGAGACUACUUUUGGCAGGGUUGGGCUGCCAGCUGAAAGGCUUUGUGUUGAUUUGGCCAGCUGGUUUAACCUUAGAGCCAUCUGAAAUGCAGCAACAGCAGCAGUAGCAAUGUCUGUUUACUGCUUUGUGUUUAGGAAAAUAAAUUAAAUCCAAGGAAAAGAUGUCUUUAAAAUGAAGGUUGCAAUGGUGUCAUAGCAACAGCUUCCAGAAAUUCUGGCUCUUGGCCAGAGGAAGCAGAGCUGGAAUCUUUCUGCCGAUGCUGUCAGAAUCUGGAGCGCUACCCAGCUGCUCACAGUGCCCAUCUGCAGAGUUUCUCACGCUCACAGCAAUGAGCAGACAGCAUCUGCUAGAAGAAAUCCCAGAAAACUGCUGAGAGGCAGCACCUGAAGGCUUUGUGAAGGGGCUGAACUUGAGCACUUUGAGGAAGAGUUCAUCUUUAUGGGGAAGUCACUGUGGAACAAGCAGAACAAUGUUUCUGGCCACUGUUAGCCCCAGACAAGGACAUGGAGCAAUUAUUCAGUUAGAGGCACCCUUUUUUCUGCUUCUUCUUCAGGACAGCAGGAUCCCAGUGCUGAGUCUGAGAUGGUCCUGUUCUGAAGACACAUUCCUCCUGUUCUCAGAUGUCCUCCACUCUGGGGCAGGAGAAGGCUGCCUGCUCAAUGUAACUGAGGUCUCCUAGGUCCCUGCCAUGGAGGGGAUGAUGGGAUGCUCUGUAAGAUGGGUCUGUAGUGCCCUGCCAUGGGCUACCAUCAAAAAGCCCCCCAGCUGUGUUUGGAGGAAAGUUAACAGGUGUUGUGAAGCAGGCAGUGUUCCUUGUCCUCCCCAUGGCACCAUGUUCUGCCCCUGCAGCCCUGCAGUGUGGUGGUGUCCUGUCCAUCCUGGCCCAUGACUCUCUCCAUCAGCUGAGUCAGGUGGAGUCCUCCCAAUUCUUGCACCCAGUAGUGAGGGAUGGAGGAGCUGGGGCUUUGAUGGCACUGUAGGGGGCACGAGGGUUUGGGAAUGUCCUCUUUGCAACCCUGUUAUGGGGCAUCAGCCUUCAGCAUCAUGGGACACCUCCUGGCUCCAUGUGACAAGUAGGCAGCUCUGUGAUGGGUGGGAUGUGGGUGUUACUACCCACACCAUCCCUGCUCCCUCUAGCUUUCCCAGCUCCUUGACGUCUGCUCUUCUGUGCCACAUUUUAUGUAACUCCCAAGAGAACUGGUUUGUGUGCCUCUUAUACCCAGCUGUACUGUUUAUUAAAAAACAACAGUGAGUCUUCGCCUUU